AUGUCCGUGAUGAAGAAAUCUGCUAAAUCUAAAUUUAUGUCUGAUGAUCUAAAUGAUUUUAUAAAUGAAUCUCAGUUCUUAAAAGAUUCACCAAAAAAUAAGAAGGUUCAAAAACGACUAAGACCUGAAACAACGGAAGAGAGCACUUCCAAUACUGUUAACAUCAAUAAUAUAGGUUUAAAGAAAAAGAAAACGGAGGAUAGUUUCGAGGUUUGUAGAGAAUCGCGUCAAAAACUACUGAAUGUUAUGAAUCAUCAAAUAGAGGCAAGGAAAAAAACUAAUGAAAACUUACUGAAGAGCUUAUCAGAAAUUGUGACUCAUUUGGAGGCAGAUUAUAAUGCCUUAAAAGAUAAUGAACAAAAGUUAGAACAUCUUACAGGAGCAUUCAUUAAGUGCAUUCAGCAGACUACUAAUGCACACAAGCAGAAACUUAAAGCUUUAAAAGAAGUUCAUUCGACCUUUAAAAAAGAAUGUGAGGAAAUGGAAACUGAUCAUAGAAUGGAGACUGAUAAACUAGGAGAAGAACUAGAACAAGACAUCAGAAAACUGCAACAAAAACUGGUGUCUGAAACAAAACGUAGUGGAUGGGAAACAUUGAGAAGAACUAUCUUUCAAGCAAUGCAGAAUGAUUUUUAA